AUGGCUACAGUUCCUUGGCAAAGCAUGUCAAAAGCCCUGGACUCCAGGCCUGGCCCACUCAGGAAAACUAUGAAGCCGUCCGCGAUGAGUGGGCAUCUAUCAACCAAAAGCGCCAUCGUGGCGCAACUGGCUCGCAACUCGACGGCGGGCUGGGUGGACUGGUCCGGCCAGAGCUUAAUUUGGUCCCUUUGUUAUGAUCAGCCAAUGUCGCCUGCGUUCCUGAUCGCCGAAAGGGGACAACUUCUCCAAUCGAGUAUUUCACAAAAACCCUAUUUCUCGGAUAUGGCUGCUUUUAGAAAUAGCCCACACAAACAGGACGUUUGGUAG